CGCCCGCCUCGCCUCCAGCCGCCAGUUGCCGCGGCGAACUCUAGUCGCGCAGACCGUUGUGACGCGGCGCGAUUUUUUGUUCAAAUACCUAGUGUCAAAAUGCAGAGGAAAUUCGUACUAUCUGAUCAUUCAUUGAAGAGACUCAUUAAAGAAGUGAAGAAGAGAGAAUGUUUGUGGAAUCCACAUCACGAACGUUACAAUGACAGAUAUCGAAUGGCUAAGGCUUGGAUGGAGAUAGCGGAACUGUUGGAACUACCAGAGGAUCGUCUCCGAGUAAGAUGGAAGAAUCUCCGAGACCUGUACAAGAAGGAAGUGAAAAAGUUUGGCUCAGUAAACUACACAGGAAAGUGGAGACAUUAUAAUGCGAUGAAGUUUCUAAACAAGACACUUGAGAGCCCUAAACCAGACCAAACCGAGGACAGAGAACCAAAUGAAGACCAGACUAUUAGAGACAAUGAAGACCAGACCAGUAGAGACAAUGAAGAAGGAAACGAGGGAAGCAAAGUAGCUACCAAAGAAGAAUUAACAGACGAUGACUUUGAUUUUGUAGAUGAACAAGAAAAUGUUACAGCUGAGAGCCCCGAAGCAGAAGUAUACUUCGAACAGGGAUACGAAGAAGACCCCAUAUCUGACAAAAUGCAGAAAAUAGCAGAGGAAGACUAUGAUAUGAUGUUCUUGAAGUCUUUGGCGCCGUAUUUUAGGCAACUGGAUCCGAUAAGGAAACUGGUGGUGAGGAGUAAGAUGCAGGAUAUGUUGCUGAAUGAGAUCGCGGCGCAGGCGUCGGUAAGCCAACAAUUCCAUUCGAAGAAGAGUUAAUAUCUAAAAGUGAUUUUAUUAAAGUACAGACAAAUUUUAUAGUACGUAAGUAAUAUUCUCAAGUUACAACCAAGAGUGAAUUCGUAUAUGACAAACAGUGUCUUAGUGAACCUCGCAAUAUAGAAAGACAAUGCUUAGGACCAAAAUAAUACGAUAUGUUGGUUAUGUUUUAUGAGAAAUGUUAUGAAAAAGUUAAAAUAAUGUAAGAGAGUAAAACUUCCGUUAUGAAGACUGACUUUUAUACGCGUGUUAGUUAUAAAAUGUCUUUAUUCUAUUGUUAAAUAUGUCGAAUAGAAAUGUUUCUAACAUAAUGAUAAUACUUAUGCCAGGACCUGCGAAGAAAAGGGACUUAGUUCGCUCAGUAAAAAUAUAUUUAAGAUUGUAAAGAAAAAAUAAUACCUUUUU